UAUAACACACAUUUUAACAAUCAUAUGGUUGUAUAUAUAUUCAAUCAAAUUCCACUAUUUUGUUUGUGUAUUUUUCAUUAUAUUGUAUGUACACAAAAAAAUUAAAAAAAAAAAAAAACUACUUGGAGUAAUUUUAGUUGUGACAGUUAGAAGGUUUCACUGAUAAUCAUCAUCAUCAAUAUCUUUACAAAGCAAAAAUUCAAAUCAUAAUAAAUCAUUCUGGCCCAAAAGGCCCUGAAAAUUAAAUACCAAAAUUGAAAAUGAUAAUAUUUUUUUAAAUUAAAAAAAUAAACAAACUAUAUAAACUCCAAAAAUUAAAACACAAUAUUGUCAUUAUCAUCAACAUCAUCAACAGAAUGUCGUGUAGUGAUAUAGAGUCAUCAUCAAAUAGCCAAAAAUGGAAGAUUGAAGAUAAUAUAGAAUUAAAAAUAGUAACAACAACAACAGCAAAAAUAACAACAAGAAGAAAAAUUUAAAGUAAUAGAAAGAAGAAAAAAGAAUAAAUAUUUGCCUCGGUUAUUGGUUGAAUUUUUAAAUAUGGCAAUUGGACAUAAACAUGAUGAUCCUGUUGAGGAUAAAAAAUUUGGUACAUUAAAGAGUUUUAUAAAAAAACGAUUACCAAUAUUAUCAUGGUUACCAAAUUAUAAUUCUGAAAAAGCAAUUAGUGAUGCUAUUGCUGGAAUAACUGUUGGUCUUACAGUGAUGCCACAAGGUUUAGCAUAUGCUAUUCUUGCUGGUCUUGAACCACAGUAUGGAUUGUAUUCAGCAUUUAUGGGAGCAAUUGUAUAUGUUUUUUUUGGAUCAUGCAAAGAUAUAACUAUUGGACCAACAGCUCUUAUGGCUAUUAUGACACAUAAAUAUGUACAAGAUAAAUCAGCUGAUUUUGCUGUAUUACUUGCAUUUUUAUCUGGAUGUUUACAGCUUGUUAUGGCUUGUCUUCAUCUUGAUGUACUUAUUGAUUUUAUAUCAAUACCUGUAACAGUUGGUUUUACAUCAGCAACAUCAGUUAUUAUUGUUGCAUCACAACUCAAGGGUAUGCUUGGACUUAAAUUCAAGGCAUCUGGUUUUAUUGAAACAAUAAGUAAGGUCAUUAGUAAUAUUGAAAAUACAAAUCCAUGGGAUGCUGGAAUGAGUUUUUUUUGCAUUGUUUUUCUACUUAUAUUACGGAAAAUGAAAGAUAUUAAAUGGUGUAAAAAAUCUGGUAAACCAUCAAAAGAACGUCGUAUAUUAGCUAAAAUAAUAUGGUUAAUAUCAACAGCAAGAAAUGCAAUUGUUGUUAUAGUAUGUUCAACAAUAGCAUAUAAAAUGAAAACACCAAAUGGUUCACCAUUUGUAUUAACUGGACAAGUUAAAUCUGGAUUACCAGCAUUUAGUUUACCACCAUUUUCAACAAUAGCAAAUAAUCGUGAACUUGGAUUUUUAGAAAUGUGUAGUGAACUUGGUCCAGCAAUUUUUUUAGUACCAAUUAUUGCUGUACUGGGUAAUGUUGCAAUUGCAAAAGCAUUUGCAAAUGGUGCAAGUGUUGAUGCAACACAAGAAUUAUUAACUCUUGGUCUUUGUAAUGUACUUGGUUCAUGUGCAAGAGCAAUGCCAGUUACUGGAUCAUUUAGUAGAUCAGCUGUUAAUCAUGCAAGUGGUGUUAAAACUCCAAUGUCUGGUUUAUAUACAGGUGUACUUAUUAUAUUGGCACUUAGUUUACUUACACCUUAUUUUUAUUAUAUACCAAAAGCUUCUCUAGCAGCUGUUAUUAUAUCAGCAGUUAUUUACAUGAUUGAAUAUGAAGUUGUUAAACUCAUGUGGAGAUCAAGCAAAAAAGAUUUAAUACCAAUGUUUGCAACUUUUUUUUUAUGUCUUGUUAUUGGUGUUGAGUAUGGUAUACUUGUUGGUGUUGGUAUUAAUCUUAUGUUUUUAUUAUAUCCAUCAGCAAGACCAACUAUACACGUUGAAAAAUGCUUGACAAAUUCAGGAACAGAAUAUUUACUUGUUACACCUGGUAAUAGUUUAUAUUUUCCUGCUGUUGAUUUUAUCAAACAAUUUGUUGGUCAUGCUGGUGUUAAAGAGGGCUCAAGUCAAUUACCAGUUGUUGUUGAUUGCAGAUAUGUACUUGGAGCUGAUUUUACUGCAGCCAAGGGUAUUGCUGCGUUAAUUGACGAAUUUAAUACACGUAAACAAGGUCUUUAUUUUUUUAAUCCACGAUCAGAUGUUGUUGCUGUAUUACGUGGUGCUUGUGGUGAAGAUUUUCAGCAUGUUUCAACUCAAGAUGAACUAUCAUAUAUUUUAUAUCGUAGUGGAGAUAAAUCCUGUCGAAAAUUGCCAUCAAAAAAAGACUUAAAUGGUGAUACAUUGUCACAUUCAAGUAUUGAAUUAACUCAUCGUCCUUCACAUACAAGUUACCAUGAACUUAGUGAAGUUCGAACAGCUUUAUUACCAGCCACUGCCGCAAGCUAAAUUUUUUUUACAUUUUUUGUAUAAUCUACAUUUUUUUUUACUGAUAAAAAAAAAAUUAUUUAGCUUUAUCACAAAAAAAAAAAUAUUUAAAUAUUAGUCGUCGUGUAACUUUAAAAAAAAAAAAAGGCAAGACAUUAAAAUAAAAAGAAAAAAAAAAAAAAAAAACUAAUAAUAAUAAAAUAAUCGUCAAAAAAAAAAAAAAUACGAAAAUUUACCUGAACAGUAUUUUAUAAGAAUUCAAAAGGUCAGAAAUUAAAAUAGUUUUUUUUUUUUUUUUUUUUUUAAUAUUGAUAGUUUUAUAUAUUGUAUGAAAAUCAAAGAUGUUACUUAAAAUAAAAUAAACAAUGAAUCUCGAGGAAUUGAAUAAAAAAAAAAGAAAAAAUUAGUCAAAAUAAUAAUAAUAGUUUGUAAAUUAUUUAUAACAAAAAACAAAGCAAUGUGAGUAAGAGCGCAGGACAAUAUUUAUUUGAUUAUUGAUUGGAGUAAGCGCAGAAUUAAAUGUCAACAAGAAAUGCCCAUCCCCGGUGAUAACGUCAGCUAUACACCCACGUGUAUGACUUGGGGAAAAAUUUUUACAAUGCCUAAGAAUGAUGAUCAACAAGUUAAGCAUUUGCAAAAUGUUAAAAUAAUUUAAAUAAAUUCAUAGAAAUAUCAACAGAGUGUAUUUAAUUAUAUUCGAAAUUUAAAAUUAAAGAAUCGAAUUAAUUGAUUGACCUUGUGAGUUGAUUAGUUUGAUGCAAGUUGAUCCAUUGUAUCAAAAAAAAAAAAAAAAAAAUGUUUAUAAAAUGCAAAUGAUUCUUCAGAAAGGUUUUGUUGCAAUAACUGUCAUGAUUGGAGUUAUUUUAAUUGUCAAUUUUAUUGGCAAAGCUAAACGUAGUGAUAUUAUUUUACAAAUGAUGGCUAAUAUGAGCAGAAAUUUGGACAAAUUAGAUGCUGGAUUAGAUGCAAUUAAUACACAAACAGAAAUAGCUAAAAAUAGAUUUAAAAAAUUAAUUAUUUUACAUCGUGAAAAAUUAAUUGAUUGUGUUUAUCAUAAAAAUGAGGAAAAAGAUAAAAAUAUUAUUUUUAAAAAUCCCA